AUGCUUUACCAGCGGCUGUCAACCUGGAUAGCCCUGCGGUACCUGUUGGCGCGGCGAUCAGCGUUGUCAUAUGUGUCGCGCCUGGCUUUGCUCGGCUUGAUCUUGAGCGUGGCCGUACUGGUAAUUGUCCUGUCGAUUGUUAAUGGUUUCGAGCGCGAGCUGCGAGAUCGUGUACUGGGUGUAUUGCCACACGUUACCGCGCAGGUUUCUGCGGGUCUGCAGACCAGUCAAUGGCAAGUACUUGUCACGGACAAGACUUUUCCAGGCAUCAAAGCGCUGGCUCCUUAUAUCAGCGGUACUGCAUUGCUGGCCGCCAAUAAUAAAAUCCAGGGCAUUAAUCUGACCGGAAUUGAUCCUGCCACCUACAUGCAGGUGACAGAUGUUGUGAAAUAUACCCGUGGUAAAGAUUUCGCAGCCCUGGAGGCAGCGCCAUACGGCAUUGUUCUGGGCGCGCGCCUGGCUUCGACGCUGAGCUUGGAGAUUGGUGAUCGAGUCCUUGUUGUGUUGCCGGUCGGCGCAGUGACGCCUGCUGGCGCGUUGCCCCGGCAGAGACGCUUUCAGGUUGUAGAUAUUUUCGACAGUCAGUCGCAGCUUGAUGGACAACUGGCGCUGAUCACGCUGAGUUCUGCGCAGAGAAUGUUUCGCACCGCUGGUCGAGUACAUGGUCUGCAGGGGCGGCUGGACGAUUUAUUUUUCACCCAGGAAGCACAGACGGGGUUGCAGGAUGCGCUGUCAGGCUCCGGUGUCAGGGUACGUACCUGGAUGGACACCCACGGGAAUCUUUACCAGGCCAUAGCGGUGCAGAAAAUGACCAUGUUUGUGUUGUUGUCCUUUCUGGUUGCGGUUGCGGCGUUUAAUCUUGUUUCGGGUCUGAUGAUGAUUGUAGAACAGCGCAAGAACGAUGUGGCCGUGCUGCGUACGCUGGGUGCGGAUUCGCGCAUGGUCAUGACACUUUUCUGCACACUAGGGUUGUUGUUGGCGAUGAGUGGUAUUGCGUUCGGUGUUUUGUUUGGCGCGGCUAUUGCACUGGGUUUGCCUGGAUUGUAUGCGCUGGCAACACAAUGGUUUGGUCUCGAUCUCAUGUCCCAGUAUUUUAUCGCCUAUCUGCCCGUGGAUGUCCGUUUCGAAGACCUUCUGCAGGUUGCCCUGGCGGCCUUCGUGUUGACCCUUCUGGCGACACUCUAUCCAGCCUGGCGGGCGGAGAACCUGAUCAAGCAGUAUCGUCAGGGUGAAAGCACAAUCCAUGUUCUGCAGGGCCUGGACCUGAAUCUGGCAGCCGGCGAGCGCGUCGCUGUCGUGGGUCGAUCCGGAUCGGGAAAAAGUACUUUGUUACAUGUUCUGGCAGGUUUAGAUACUGUCGAUAGCGGCACAGUCACCGUGCGGGGUGAAAAUAUGACCGCCGCGGACCCCAACGCCAAGGCAGCUCUGCGCGGUGCACAUAUGGGGUUUGUUUAUCAGAACCAUCACCUGUUACCGGAAUUCAGUGCGGUGGAGAAUGUGGCGAUGCCGAUUCGCAUCGCCGGAGGCUCGAGUCGCGAUGCUUCUGAGCAAGCCAGCGAAUUAUUGACUCAGGUGGGUCUGGCUGAGCGGUUACAGCACCUGCCCAGCGAGUUGUCCGGCGGGGAGCGCCAGCGAGUUGCUGUCGCGCGAGCCCUGGCUGGUAAUCCCGCGGUUGUUCUGGCUGAUGAGCCGACGGGAAAUCUCGACAGUGAAACUGCAGCGGUUGUCAUGGCGUUGAUGGCCAGUCUGUGUCGCCAGUUGGGCACGGCCUUUCUGGUGGUGACUCAUGAUGUUUCGAUGCUGGGAGAGUUUGACCGUGCGCUGCGGCUAAUAGAUGGCAAGCUGCUUCCGUAUGCCGACUGA